CCAUCCUCACUCGCAUGCAGCCCUGCAGGCCACAUUGAUCGAUCAGAACGACCCGAUCCAAAGUGCAGGGCCUGUUCAGCUCUUAGAUCAAGACGUGCCUUUGGUACCUUGCAGAUCGGAGCAAGAUGGGAAGGUUAGCCAUGGCUGGGCCAGUGAUCCUUCUUCUGCUCUGCACAAUGUGCAGAUUGGCGCUCGGAAUCACUGACGGGCUGCUCCCGAAUGGCAACUUCGAGCGCGGGCCGCUGCCGUCGCAGCUUCGCGGGACGCGGGUGCUGGGCUCGUCGUCGAUCCCGUCGUGGCAGACGUCGGGGUUCGUGGAGUACAUCCCGUCGGGGCAGAAGCAGGGCGACAUGCUCCUGGUGGUCCCCGAGGGCGCCUACGCCGUGCGCCUCGGGAACGAGGCCUCCAUCCGGCAGCGCCUCCGCGGCGCCGCCCCCGGGGCCCGCUACUCCCUCACGUUCAGCGCGGCGCGGACGUGCGCGCAGGCGGAGCGCCUGAACAUCUCGGCGUCCGGGCAGUCGGGCCUCCUGGCGAUCCAGACCACGUACAGUAGCAACGGGUGGGACUCGUACGCCUGGGCCUGGGUCGCCGCCGUCGACUCCUCCGGCGAGGUCGAGGUCUCCAUCCACAACCCCGGCGUCGCCGACGACCCGGCCUGCGGCCCGCUCAUCGACUCCGUCGCCGUCAAGGCGCUCAACCCGCCCCGCCGGACCAACCGGAACCUGGUGAAGAACGGGGACUUCGAGGAGGGUCCCUACAUCCUCCCGGGGACCAAGUGGGGCGUGCUGAUCCCGUCGCGGGUGGUGGACGACCACUCGCCGCUCCCGGGGUGGAUGGUGGAGUCGCUCAAGGCGGUGAGGUACGUCGACGGCGGGAGCUUCGCGGUGCCCCGGGGCCGGCGCGCCGUGGAGCUGCUGGCGGGGAGGGAGGGCGCGGUGGCGCAGGUGGUCCGGACCGUGCCGGGGCGGCGGUACGCGCUGUCGUUCACGGUCGGGGACGCCGGCAACGCCUGCCGCGGGUCGCUCGUCGUGGAGGCGUACGCCGGGAGGGAGUCCGUGAAGGUGGCGUACGAGUCGGAGGGGAAGGGCGGCGCCAGGCGCGCCGUGCUGCCGUUCCGCGCCGCGGCGGCGCGCACGAGGAUCGUCUUCUUCAGCUCGUUCUACAGCACCAGGAGCGACGACCUCAGCUCGCUCUGCGGGCCCGUGCUCGACGACGUCGCCGUCGUCAGCGUGCGCGCCAAGCGCGGGUAGAGCAAGCCGGAUGGAUCGAUGCAAUUCUGCUUCUUGUUGUUAUGGACCAUACAUGGCGGUUAGUUGCCGCGUGUUUACCUGCGUUGGGAGCAUAAAAAAUUUUUCAAUCGGGAGGGUUCUCAAAUAUACAUGCAUGGUUACCUUCUCGCAUUCCAUAAUCUCUAUUGUCCUGCCUCCCAGAUUACGAUCAAGGUAAUAGAGUAAAUAACUGUAUCUUGGAACCAUUUGGAUCACAAAUAAUCUGAAAUAAACUGCUUAAGAGUAGCUUAUUUGAAA